UUUAAAUUUUACUUUUCCAAAAUAUCCCGUUUUUGUCGAGCAACUUGGAAGAUAACCGUAUACUGGAGGAAGAUAAGCUUCCUCGCUGAGGGGGGUGUGGAGUGUGGAUUGUGCAUUGCAUAAGAUAAAACUGAAUAGUAGAUCCUCAUGGCGUUUGCUCUUCAAUUCUCGAGUAUCCGUUGUUUAAAAUCUUUUGCAGCUUUGGUUCCUUCAGUUUCACCAAAUCCUUUUGUAGUUUCACACGUAUCAACAGUUGCUGCUGCUGCUGCUUCUUCUUCUUCUCCUUUUUUUUUAUCACUAAAGGAUACUACCCAUCAACUAAAGCUCAAUCAUCUGUCAAGAGCAUCUCCCGAAGGGAUUCCCAGUGAGUUGGUUGAAGAUUCAAAGUUUGUUCCUUUAAAUGCUGAAGACCCUGUAUAUGGUCCACCUGCUUUGUUGCUGUUGGGCUUUGAACUAGAUGAAGCAGAAAAGAUCAGGCAGUUAUUGAGCGACUUGGGUGGUGAAUUUUUACAGGUUAUCUUCUGUACUGAGAACAUGAUUCCCCAGUCACUUUGGGAAGCAAUGCAUACAAGUCAACCAAAUCUGGAAAAAGUGCAGGUUGAAUUUCUAAUAUGCUUUUUGUUCUCUAUAUUUGAUAUGUUCAUUUAUCUGCAUCUUGUAGGGAUAUUUAUACGGAGAAAUAACCUUAAGUCUCAUGUUACCAAGAUAGCAAAGUCAUUGCCAAGGAUUUGCUUCUUAUCAGGCCUUAGUGGGGAGGAGAUGAUGAUGUUCAUAGAUGCUUUUCCAGAAACUGGUCUAGAACCAGCUGUAUUUGCAGCUCUUGUUCCAAACAGCGCUAAUAAACCACUACAAGAACUAAUAGAAGAAAUCAUGGGGGAUCAUGAAAUGCUGACUGGAAAACAGCAGGACUCGACAUAGUCAAAGCCAUAUAUUAGAGUUCAUUUGUAUCAUGUAGAGAAGCAAAGUUCAGAGGUCUUUACUCAUAGUAAAAAAACCUUUCAAAUGCAUAGUAACUCUUUUUAAACAACCUAUUUAUAGUCUGCUGGACUCAGGAAUGAAUCUGUUCACUAUAUAUUGUUCUUGCAGAGUUUUUCUUUUUUGAUUAAUUUGAUUUUGGCCGGAGUUUAAACUUGGACAUAUUAUUCUUGGAGACGACUGUUAAGCUGUGUA